CAAAAAAUUAAGUAUAACACUUUAAUUACAUAAUUACAUCUAUAAUUUCCAUGAACAAAGUUCGGGUAAUGUUUAAAAAUAUAUUUGCGUCGUUAAUUUUCCACAUAAUUAUUGCGCACAGUGGCGUAGGACAGUCUAACUCAAAAAUUUUACUUUAGUAUCUGACUGUCUGUCAAUUUGCCAUUUUAACUAUUAUAUCAGCUGAUACACUUGAUGCACUUUACAUUUAUCAAAAUAUAUUCAUGUUUAUUGACUCUCAUCAAGUGUCUGUUUGUCAUAAUCCAUAACCUGUGUUGUGACAUAUUUCAAAGAAAUAUUCCCAGCGGAAUGUUAAUUUUUGUGUUCAAUUAUUGCUCAAAGUGUUGUCAAACAACAGUGUCUGAAUUUCAUUGACUCCAUUGUCGUUUAUAAUUAUAUUUAUAUAUAUAUAUAUAGAUAUUAAAUUCUGGCCUGUUGAUUAUUUGGUAAACAAUGGGAGGUGCCGUGAGCAGUGGACAAGAUAAUGACGAGCUGGUUGAUAAUUUAAUUGAAUCCGGCUACAUAAGAACCAAGGCAGUCGAGAAAGUAUUCAGAGCAAUUGAUAGAGCUGACUAUUUUUUAUCGUCACAUCGCGAAAGCGCCUAUAAAGAUUUUGCUUGGAAACAUGGCAAUAUUCAUUUAUCGGCACCUUGUGUUUAUAGCGAAGUCAUGGAAGGUCUUUCUUUAAAACCAGGACUCAGUUUUCUUAAUUUGGGCUCUGGGACCGGAUAUCUUAGUACAAUGGCCGGACUUAUUCUAACUCAAAGUGGCAUCAAUCAUGGAAUUGAAUUACAUGAAGAUUGCUUAAAAUAUGCACACGACAGAAUGGAUGAAUUCAAACAGAAAUCACUGGCUAUUGACGAAUUCGACUUCUGUGAACCUCGUUUUAUAAAAGGAAAUUGUUUGAGUUUGGUGCCGGGGAGAAGAUAUGAUCGAGUUUAUUGCGGUGCAACGUGUCCCGAGUCACAUGAGGCGUUUAUUAAACAAUUAGUGAAAGUUGGUGGCAUUUUGGUAAUGCCGUACAAGGACCAUUUACUUCGUGUCGAGAGGACCGAUGAGAAUACAUGGAUUAAUAAAACAAUGUUACCAGUUUCAUUCGCCACAUUAGUUGUUCCCAGUUCCUGCGAGCAGAAUCUAAUUCAUUUACCCGAAUGCGAUCCAGUGUCCCUACAAGAAUUGUGUCGCCUUCGAAUUCGUCGGCGAUUGAGAAAAAUCGUCUGGCUCGAGCACGCCGAUUUGGAAUUCAAGAAGCCAAUUCUCGCCGAACGCCGACGUACGCAAUCGUCAUCGGCGAAAACAUUGCGUCGUUUCGUCAUUCCAAUAUUCGAAGAAUCAGACGAAAGUCUACCAGACGAGGACGACGAUUACACAGGGAGAACUCGUCUUCUGUUAAAUGUCGAUGCUCAUUCGGGUGAGGCAAUAACCACAACACUGCAAUUGGUGCGCGCUGUCAAUUUAGUUGGCUGUCAACUAAACAGAGAUGAGAAUCAAGCAAACGAAGAAGCACAAACGACAAACACUAAUAGAACUACAAGUCAUCAAAGUAGCUUUGAAUCCGUUGAUAGUACGAAUAGUAGUAACAGUACUGAAAUACAAAGCAAUCACGAAGACAAACAAUUUCCAUGUACGGAAACCUAUCAGAUUUCAGACAGCAGUACAAGUUCUGAUUCGGUGUGUGAUAAAAUUGAUGACACAAGCAAUAAGACAAUGGAUAAUGGUAACGAGAAAUGUCGACGUGAAUCGAAUUUAGAUACUUAUUUAAGUAUGAGCGAGAGUGAUAGUGAUCAGGAGCAAGAUUACACAAUUAAGCAGAGGAAGAAAAUUGCGAAGAGAGAAAAAAUCGAUAGCAAUGAUAUUAUCGAUGAUUUUCGUCCUAUUAACAAUGAGGAUACAAGUUCAAGUUCAAAUACACAGACAUUUAAUUCAGAUGUUGUUGAAACAAUGGAUUAUCAGACUUAUGAUAUAUUUCGCGAUAACGCAACGUAUCCAACUUAUCGACCGAUGAAUAAUCGAGAGCAAAGAAUGGGUAAUCCACUUGAUCCAAGUAUGGGACACUAUGUAGAUUCAAAUGCAUUCUCAUCCUAUUUAAAGGAAAAAAUACAUCAACUGCCUUUGCCUCAUGCUCUCAAAUUAUACUUAAAUUAUAAUCGAAAUUUGUAAAUGUAAAUUUUUUUCCAUUUCAUUUGCACUAUGAAUCUAUGAUAAAAAAAAUUCAACGUUUAGAUAAACACGUGCAAUUUCAUUGUUAAUACAAUUUUUAGUAUUCAUUCUUCGCUUUAUCACUAAAAAUUCAAGUUUUCGAUUAAUUUGAAAAAUAAUUGUUAAAAGUUAUAAAUCUCAUUAUUAUUAUUAUUAUUUUGUACAGUUAACAUUAAUUUCAAGUUUAUUACAAUUCUUUGGUUAUAAACCAGAAUUAUUUGUACAAUUACCAAAAAAUUAUAUUUGUACAAUCAAAAAUUAUUUAGAGAAUUAAAAAUUAUUAUUUUUGUAGAAUUAGAAUCUUUUGUUUAUUCAUUUGUCGACUGUAAUUUGAAAAUUUAAACCAUUACAGGGUGGCCACAUGUCAGUAAAAUCAGUAAAAUCAGGGGAAUGUCAGGAAAAUUUAGAAAACAGAUUUUUUCGACUUAUUUUCAAAAAUUGCGACUUUAUCGUCUUUUCUCACACAAAUAUUGCAAGAAAAUAUUAUAUUCAAUUAUUUUUCAAAAAAUAAUAAA